AUUGCUACAGGCUCCUGAUCAGAAUAUGGAAUUUCUCAGCAACAAGGUGAAGAAGACUUGCUGUGUGCUGAUAUUGGCUCUUCUUUUCUCACUUGCCAUGAUGUCAGACAGUGCACCAGACUGCUGUAGGCAGAAGACCUGCUCCUGUCGAUUGUAUGACCUUCUUCGUGGGUCAGGCAACCAUGCAGCUGGGAUUCUUACCCUGGGAAAAAGGAAGAGCAGCAACCAGAUGAUGCAGACACGGCUUCAAAGAUUGCUCCAAGGCUCAGGGAACCAAGCUGCAGGCAUCCUUACCAUGGGAAAAAGAGCUCAAUUAACCCUGGAGAGACAUUGUAACACUGACCAGUUAGUGAAUGGCUUGUCCUCCAGCACGCAGCCUCCCCUAUCUUUGUGUCCUACAUUAAUGGAGCCUGCUAAUAUCAGCAAGGGCUCUGCUUGCCAACAAGAUCCUAACGUGUAACGACACCUGAAUUUUUAUGUGACCUUUAUGGAGGGAGGG